AUGGGUGGUCUCAGAAAGACAACUAUUGCAAAGGCCAUCUAUAAUCGCAUCUUUAAAAGCUUUAAUGGGAGUAGCUUUCUUACAAAUGUGAGAGAAGAAGCAUCACGAGGAGAUAAGGGUUUAGUUUCCUUGCAAAAUCAACUUCUUAAAGAUCUCUUGAAAAGGGACCACGAUAUUGCCAUUGUUUCUAAAGGAUCAGAAUUGAUAGAAAAAGUACUUUCCGAGAAAAGAGUUCUUCUUAUUUUUGAUGACGUGGAUGAUCGUGUACAACUUGAUGUAUUGGCUGGUGGAAUCAAUUGGUUUGGUCAAGGAAGCAGGGUCAUCAUAACAACUAGAGAUGACCAAAGUUUGAAUGCACAUAAAGUUGACAAAGAUAUUCAAAUAUACGAUCCUGAAGGACUGGACCCUAAGAAUUCUCUUCACCUCUUAAGUUCAUAUGCCUUUUCAAAAAAUGAACCCCCAAAAGAGUAUAAGCAGCUUUCAGAUGAAAUCAUACACUAUGCUGAUGGGUUGCCCCUAACUCUAGAGGUGUUGGGUUCCUUUUUGUUUGGCAAAGAGAAAGAAGAAUGGGAAGAAACAAUAAAAGGUUUGAAAAAUAUUCUUGAUAAUACGGUCUCUAAAAUGUCGAUAAAAAGCUAUGAUGAAGAUGUCUUUGCAAAGUUGAUAAUAAGUUACAAUAAAUUAAGUGAUCAUGCGAAAAUCAUAUUUCUUGAUAUUGCAUGCCAUUUUAUUGGAAGGGAAACAGAAGAUGCAAUUUCAAUGUGGGAAGCUUGUGAGUUGCAUCCGAGAUUAGCCAUAAAAGAACUCACUCAAAAGCACCUCAUAAAGAUAGAGUAUGAUGGUUAUGGACAGAAAUUUAGAAUGCAUGAUCAACUUAAAUUCAUGGGAAGAAAAAUUGUCUCAAAAGAUAGUCAGGGGGACCCCACCAAACGAACUAGAUUGUGGUCAGAUGAUGAGAUCCUAGAAGUAUUAGAAAAAGACACGCGGAUUAAAAAAUUGAAGGUUCUUCUUCUUAGGAGUUGUUUUGAACUGUCAGGCUCUCUUGACUUCUUCUCAUGGUUUCCUUGCUUACAAAGAUUGGAUCUUAGCGGUUGCACAUCUCUUUUGGAACUCCCAGAUAGUAUUUGUCAAAUGAAUUCUCUCAAAACUCUUAUUCUGGAUUAUUGUUCUAUAAUCAAGUUGCCUACGUCCAUAGGCAAUCUGGAACAUUUGGUUGAGCUUUCAGUAAUGGGGACAAAAAUUGAAGAAUUGCCUGAUGGUGUGGGGCAGUUAGAGAAGCUUGAGACAUUAGAAGCUUCAUAUUGCCAUAAACUGGUGAAGCUACCAAGAUCAAUGGGUAGAAUGAGGAGUUUGCUUCACUUUCGUAUUAUCAGAUGUAAAUGCCUAACCAACAUGAGUGGACCACUUCUAAUCAGCAUGAGUGGUUCUCAGCUUCAGGUUCUAUAUUUGGAAGGCUACAAGAUUCUUGAAUCUCUCCCAGAGCUUCCCUCCACUCUUAACUCAUCUGGAAGUUAA